AUGGAUGGAAAAAUAGCAGCUUUAUGUAAUGAACGACGUACAGACUGGGAUGAAGUAUUACAAUUUGUUACAUUUAAUUAUAAUACAUCAAUACAUGCAAAAACAAAACAAACACCGUUGGAAAUGAUGCAUGGACGACAAGCUACUCUUCCAUUUGAUCAACAAAAAGAAAUUAUUUCGCUCACGCAAGAUCCAGAGCAUAGUCAAAAAAUUAGAAUAUUUCUUGAAAAAUUAGUACAUGAAGCUCGGAGUAAUAUUACUAAAAAUCAACAACAAUACAAGGCUCGAUAUGAUUUAAACAGACAAGAUUUAUUGUUAAAAGUCAAUGAUUUAGUAUUAGUAAAAACAGUCAUUGUUCAACAUGUAAAAAAAUUAACAUUAACAAGACAAGUGACAAUGGAUGUUAUCGUUCCAUUGGUGGAACGAUGGAACUUAAUUCAAUAA